CAUGGGCCUUUCCCUGUUGAAGUCACGGAACAAGUGCGACUUUCUCCAAAACGGGCAGCGUAUACCUUUGAACGAAGGACUGCUUGGCUGGUAUCUGGCCUUCCACUUGCCCAUCGUGGGAGGCACCACGGCUACCGCUCGAGAUUCUAAUCGCAGUGGACUUGCAGUCCAUGAAAUCGAGAUCCCCCCCUCGAGCCUGGCAGCAGCUCCACACAAUAUGUUGGCUGCCAAGUCCAUGCCGACAUUAUCCAUGCUCGGACAACAGAGUCGCUGCAGAACAGAUCGCACGGACCGAGAAACAUCUUGGUUGUCGCUGUUGCUUAAAAGCAGCGACGGCAAUGCGAACCCCUGCAUCCGUCCUUUCUCAGAAUUCCUUACAGCCGGCAUAAUCAUCCACACAUCACACCUUAUGGCACUCGGGGAAGCUCGAACCUUCUUCCUCUAUGAAUAUGUAUAUUGUAAGCCGCACAAGAAGCCGUGAGAACGCCCGCCAUGGCUCUUAGGUGGACAUGCCGAGGUUGCAGGGAUAUGACCCAUGAUUAUGAUGCCAGGGGCCAGGAACAACAACAACAGCAGCGGCGCGCCGCAACUGGACAUCUCGGCCAAGGAUGGUCUUGUCCUAUGAGAGCAGAGGUGGACGGGGGUACUGUGC